AUGCGCAUCCAAAGCAUUUCUCCACGAUGGUCCGGCUACGUAGGCCUGACGCAUCAGGAUAUGACAGAAAAAGAUGCUGAGAAUGACACAUUCAAAGGGGAUUUCGAGUGUUCUAGCACAGGCUUUAACAAAUUUGCUAUCCUAUCAGUUGCAAACUUAGCACUUUUCACCGUAAGCGCCGUAAUGGCAUCUAUAGUUGUGAGCCCUAGCCUCGACAGGCGCUUAAACGCUAAGCUCCGAGCCACAUCCAGCUAUAGUCCCGUGUUUGACAUGAUCGAUCUCGAGCCAUCCAUCAAGCGAAUCAAUGGUACUGUCAAUGCCACUGGCACCUUGUCUAUUGCUCGACAGUUUCCAAACUCGGCCGCGGAUUCUAUUUGGGGGGAAGACAUUGAGCUUAUCCGUCCGAUUCCAGUGACGCGAGAACAGAUCCUCAAAAUGGGCAACAAUCCUGACACGGUUGCUAAGCUGGAAAACGAUGUUUGGGGACUUGGAGACAAUGCUUACGUUGCAGCGUUAGAUAUAUUCCACAAUUUGCAUUGCUUGAACACGCUAAGACGCGCAGCUUAUGCCACUUACUACAACCAAAGCACAGGCAAUAACAACUUGAAUCUUGUGACGCGACACUGGAAGGAAGGCUGGGAGUAUCCAUUCCCUGAUUUCUCCAUUGACAAGCAUUGUAUCAACUUUGACAAGUUAAAUGAAUGGCACAAAUCGGCCUCCAUAGACAUGAAGAAGUAUGUCAAGGUUAUGAGAAAGCCUGACGGGGUAAAAGAAGAGCUUGCGGAAUAA